AUGAUACCAAGAGAACACAUACAAGAAGACUCAAAGAGAACCUUUGAGGAGGAGUUUCCAACUCUCAACGACGCAGCAGCAGCCACAAACAACAAGAGAAAGGGUGGCAAAGCUAGAAACAACAAGAAUAACAACAACAAUCCACUCGCAACAUCGACUGAAUCGUCAAUCAACAAUUCUGAUCUGAGUGCCUCAUCAGGUGGAGGCCGUGCAAAGAGUCCCCAAGUGGACCUUACCAACUACAUCGACUUUUCUGAUGGCACCACGGACUCGUGGAAGAAGAGAGACCUGCUAUACUACUGCUUCGUACAGAGACAUCACGAGGUGCGAUUCAUUGCAGAGUUUAUCGAGGAGGUGGUUCAGAUGUACCACCUACCAACCAACAACCUACUGGAUAUUGGCUGUGGCCUUGGAAGAAUGUUCUCCGAGUGGGAGGCCUCCAAGUGGGACUCGAUCGAUGCCGUCGAACCCGACGCCGACUACUUCCUGUUCUCGCUGGACCACGCCAGACACACCUGCGAGAAGGUCACCGUGCACAACUUUGGCUUCCAAGAGCUGUGCGUCCAGGAGAAGUACAAUCUCAUCACAUCGAUCAAUGGUCCAUUCCAGUACCUCACCAGACUCGAGGAACGUCUGAUCGCCAUGAGGAACAUGUACAACGCGCUCACACCCGGUGGCGUCCUCAUCAUUGACGUGUCCAACUUCCUCGGUGGACUCGCUCACAUGACCUCGCACACUGCCGAGCAGAUGAAGCUGGUCAACGGCGUGCCCGUCAAGAGGGUGUCAAACGUUCAGGUCGACUUCCACAAUGCCAUAUGGAGUCACAACGACAUCUUCUUUAGUGUGGACGGAGGCGAGAGUGACCCAGAUGGACUGGGCACUGGCUAUGGCGAUGGCAGCUACGUAGUGGAGAACCGUCAAUUCUCCAUCCUCACACUGCCUGAACUACAAUUCCUCUAUCUCUCGUCAGGCUUUAUUAACAUCCUCACCACGUCCAAGUACUGCUCACGAUCACUUCGAACUGGAAUGGCGACCAGUGAGAAUGAAGGUUCCAGGAUCAUAGUCAUUGGCCAGAAGCCUAAAUAG